GUCGCGCGCCUCUCAACGUUCUCUCUAUCUCAGUGGGCGAACGUCAUGAGACUUGAAGCAUCGAUUAGCCUUCCCUUUAGCUGCCAUGCGGUGGAGUUCAGCCCGUUUGACGGCGAGCGGCUAGCGGUGGCGACAGCUCAGUACUUCGGCAUCGUUGGGAACGGGCGGUUGCACAUCUUCGGCAGACAUGGGGGAGACGUUACGAACAGCUCGCCCGCCUGGGAGCAGCGAGAGCUGCGGAGCUUCGACACGCAGGCCGGGCUUUUCGACUGCGCGUGGAGCGAGUGCCAUCCCCACCAGAUGGCCACCGCGGGGGCAGAUGGCCAAGUUAAACUUUGGGACCUAGGAGCUGUGGACGGGUUCCCGGUGGCUGACUGGAGAGAGCACACGCAAGAGGUGUCGGGCGUGGACUGGAAUCUGGUUUCGAAGGACUUGUUCGCGUCAGCUUCUUGGGACGGCAGCGUGAAACUGUGGACACCAAGCGCGGGAGUGUCGUCGCAUACUUUUCGAGAUCACGGGCGGCACCCCGUUUACGGUGCUAUUUGGAGCCCGUUUAGCCCUGGCCAGCUGCUCUCUUUCUCCGGGGAUGGGACUGCGAGGGUGCUCGAUGUCAGCAGCCCCGGUGCUGUGACUGUGCUGGACGGACACGGGGGCGCGGAGGUCCUAGCGGGGGACUGGGACAAGUACAACCAACCAGUGGUCGCCACGGGUUGCGCCGACCGGGCGGUGAGGACGUGGGACCUCCGUCAACCGAGGGUGCCGUUGUCUGUCAUGCUGGAGCACCGGUACGCCGUGAAAAGACUACGAUUUUCGCCGCACCAAUCCGGCGUCCUCGCCACCGCCUCGUACGACACGUCCGUGAUCUUGUGGGACACGAAGAUAACUCCUCCUCCUGCGGGGACCGGGAUGUUUCCUCUGGCGGGGGAGGGGAGGGGUGGGGGGGGGCACGGGCGGAGGUCCCCGCGGCUGCUAGACCGAUGUGUGGGCCACACGGAGUUUGUCGCGGGGGUGGCGUUCUCGUUGUUCGAGCCGCGUUUGAUGGCCACCUGCGCGUGGGAUCGGCGGCUUUGCCUUUGGCGAUCGUUGUGAGGAUACACUACUAUACAUGACGCGAACGCGUUUUUUCUUCGUUUUGAUGUUUGUGCUUGUGGUGUGUGUGUGCAUACCAUGAACUAUGUACAUAUUCGGUGCUUGUUGGAGCUCUGAGUUGGUGCGAGACGGAAUAUUGCCCGGUGUGGAUGCUGUUGUUCUGUUCCUUGUGUUGUCUUGCUUGUGCGAGACGGACGUGUGUGUGUGGUGGAAGUGCCGCUGCGACGCCGCCUACGGAAAUUUUCUGUCCAAGUUCGGCAGCUCCCCGUCUAUUGUAAGCUCCGAUGUACUCGCUCACGCGUCAGGGUGUGCCUUAAGUGAUACCCACGGUGGAGUUGUAGAUAGAUGUAUCUAACAGCACGGGUAAAUCGAUGUAUUGGAAAAGUGUGGGGCGAGUUAGUUUUAUCGUUCGGUCUUGAACCAACACGCAUGGAUUUGGGUAUAUCCUUCCACGCACCAACUGAUAUUAAGACCAACCGACCGACUAUUAGUUCAAGAU